UCUUGUGUGUUAAACUUGCUGCAAAUGUCAUAAUUUUUAUAUUGCUAUUGUUUCUAUUUAUAUAUUACUAAGCAUAAAUAGGUAGCUGACUAUAUGCGUCUUCCCAGUUUAACUAUAUUUAACUGGGUAUCUGUCUUACUUAAUGUUAUCUUCAAGCUUCAUAGCUAGCUAACCAAUGAUUAAUGUUGUUAUUUCUCUUUUUAGCUCUUUAUAUCUACCUUAGAGAUGUUAUUUAAGCACCGACUUAGACCAACUGAUAGCCUUGACGUAGAGCGUUCGCUUCCAGUGCGGGAGGUCUUGGGUUCAAACCCCGGCCGCGUCAUACCAGAGACUAUAAAAGUGUGAAUCUAUCCUUUCUGCUUAGCGCUCAGGGUGAGAAUAGGAUUGAUAUCUUAGGCUGUUGUCUAGUUGAGCGAUUGCUGUGCUUCCACGACUUUCGUAACUCAAAUGGAAGCUUUAAAUGCGCUAGGACCCCCUUCGCAGGACCCUCGUUGAUAGCAGUACCAAUAGGAACUAAAGAGGCUAUCCUGUGUAAAUAACAGUAAUAAUAAUAAAAUGAUAAUAAAAACGAAUUAUGAUGUAACAAGCAACGAAAACUUUCAAAUAUUUUAGAACUUUUAGGAUGGUGAGAGGAAUAAUUCUUCCUGUAGCCUUUUCUAAAGGGAUGAUUACUAAAACUUAAAGUGUGUGCGUUAAUUGCAGUAAGUAUUAUUGUUUUGUUGUUGACAUCCUGUUAAACGUUUGUGAGCAAGCAUAUAAAUUACCAGGUUAUAUAUUUUUACAAGGGUGGUGGUUGAUAUUUUUACAAAGGUUGUUGGCAUUUUGGGGGAAUUUACACGGGUUUUUGACAUUUGUUGUUAAAAAUUCUCAGAAAAUGAUAGUAUGGUUGUCCGUUUAUAUUAUUUGUGUUGCAAACUGCUGUUUUUUAGAAUGAUGUGUAAACUUUAGUGGAAAAAAACUAAUAUAUCAACAUACUGAAAGAACAACUUUUCGUACCAUCAGACGAGCUGUUUUAACAUACAAAAAAACAAAAUUACGAAAAUAAAAAGCUUAUAGAAGACAAAAAGGUGAAACAGACAAACAAACAGCACUGACCCACCAUUCUUCGCUCCGAUGUGACGUCACGAGUAGAUAAAACUUCAAAAAGAAAAGAUAUGUCAUACGAUUACAGUGAUUCACUGCCUGCAGAAGCUGCCAAACGUUAUCAAGAGAAACUACAAUCGCUUGGCCUUGAAAAAUGCCCUUACAAGCUCCCUGCUGACGAUUGGAUUGACGAUCCGACUGAGUGGCCAAGUUUGACCUAUCACCACCUAUAUCACUACUUGAUAAAAACACCAAGAAUUUUCACACCCGAAGCAAUGGAAAACUACAAAGCUUUAGAGGCUUACAAAUGUGAUGAAUGGUUCCAUCCCACAUGUUUAAAAUUGAAAAAAUUGCCUACUCGGAAAAUAUGGUAUUGUAUAGACUGUAGGAAAUUAAAAAAGAGAAAAAAAGACACAUAAUGCAAAUAUGAUGAAGAUUUAUGAUGUAUGUAUGUGAUAUACAAAAAGUAUUUCAGCAAUAUAGAUA